AUGGCUGAGCAGCUUGUCCACCGCGGGACCCUCGAAGGCCACAAUGGCUGGGUCACCUCCCUGGCCACUUCGUUGGAGAACCCCGAUAUGCUCCUUUCCGCCAGUCGCGAUAAGACCCUGAUCAUCUGGAACUUGACUCGUGAUGAUACCGCAUACGGAUAUCCCAAGCGGAGCCUUCAUGGCCACUCGCACAUUGUCUCCGACUGUGUGAUCUCGUCCGACGGUGCUUACGCGCUUUCUUCUUCGUGGGAUAAAACCCUUCGUCUCUGGGAAUUGGCUACUGGCAACACCACCAGAACUUUCGUUGGCCACACCAAUGAUGUUUUGUCCGUCUCCUUCUCUGCCGACAACCGCCAGAUCGUGUCCGGAUCCCGCGACCGGACCAUCAAGCUGUGGAACACCCUGGGUGACUGCAAGUUCACCAUCACCGACAAGGGACACACCGAAUGGGUCUCCUGCGUUCGUUUCAGCCCCAACCCCCAGAACCCCGUCAUCGUUUCUGCUGGCUGGGACAAACUCGUCAAGGUCUGGGAACUCUCAUCCUGCCGUAUCCAAACCGACCACAUCGGCCACACUGGCUACAUCAACACCGUCACCAUCUCCCCCGACGGAUCCCUCUGUGCCUCCGGUGGCAAGGAUGGCACCACCAUGCUCUGGGAUCUUAACGAGUCCAAGCACCUCUACUCCCUCCAAGCCGGUGACGAGAUCCACGCCCUCGUCUUCUCCCCCAACCGCUACUGGCUCUGCGCUGCCACCUCCAGCAGCAUCACCAUUUUCGAUCUGGAGAAGAAGAGCAAGGUCGACGAGCUCAAGCCUGAAUUCGUUGAGAAGGGAAAGAAGAGCCGUGAGCCUGAGUGCAUAAGCUUGGCUUGGAGCGCUGAUGGCCAGACUCUGUUUGCUGGAUACACUGAUAAUAAGAUCCGAGCCUGGGGUGUUAUGUCGAGAACGUAG